CAGGUUUUAUUUGAGCUCAGACUUUAUUGUGGAUUAAACAUCAGCUGAACGGACUCCUUCCUAGUGAAUGAGAUGGCAGAGUGUGGGGCCGAAGGUGAGCUACCUCAGAGGCGUCUUGGCGUCAAGGAGAAGGACAAUGGAGAGCUGACAGUCUCUGUGGAUGACAGGAAGCAGAGGGACAGGGAGGAGCUUGAAACUCUGGUGUUAUGGAAGAAACCUCUGCACACACUCCACUGCUUCACUCUGGAACUGCUCAUCACCCUUAAAGAGUGGAUAUGCAGGCUCUGGCAGCAAAGACAGACUGUGUUUGGCCUGCUGAUCCUGCUUUUCCUCCUCUCAAUUGCCUACUGCAUUGAAGGAACACACCAGAAGUAUGUGCGCUACAUGGAGAAGAAGACGCUGUGGUGCGCGUACUGGGUUGGCCUAGGCAUCCUCUCCUCUGUGGGUCUUGGCACCGGCCUGCACACCUUCCUCCUUUACCUGGGACCACACAUAGCAUCAGUGACCUUGGCGGCCUAUGAAUGUGGUUCAGUGGAUUUCCCCGAGCCACCCUAUCCGGACCAAAUAGUGUGUCCCCAGCAGGAAACACCAGCACCAGGCUCUGAUGCUGAGCAGGUGGGCAUGGAUGCCGCGGGGGCGGACAGGUUGGUGGAGUCAGCAGCCUUCCAGGGAAGCAUCUCUCUCUGGACCAUCAUCUCCAAAGUCCGCUUGGAAGCUUGUAUGUGGGGUGCAGGUACAGCUAUAGGAGAGCUUCCUCCCUACUUCAUGGCCCGGGCGGCGCGGCUGUCUGGCGCCAACCCAGACGACGAGGACUACCAGAGGUUUGAGGAGAUGCUGGACCAGACCCGGUCUGCACAGGACUUUGCCACCCGAGCAAAAGCAGCAGUGAAGGAACUCAUCCAGCGGGUCGGAUUCUUUGGGAUUUUAGCCUGUGCUUCUAUUCCAAAUCCCUUGUUUGACCUGGCAGGAAUAACAUGUGGACAUUUUUUGGUCCCCUUCUGGACUUUUUUUGGUGCGACACUCAUCGGGAAAGCAGUCAUCAAAAUGCACAUUCAGAAACUGUUUGUAAUCGUCACCUUCAGCAGGCACAUAGUGGAGCAGAUGGUCUCCCUCAUUGGAAAAGGAAGCUGGGUUUUGGAUUAAAGAGCAGCGUCUGAUUGACUGGACCAGACACCACGGCGGAUGCUGUGAUCGCGCCGGGAGGAGAGGAAGAGCUGAGAUAGGUCCGGUUUGGACAAAAUGGGACUGAGGCUGGCCAAGCAACGGGAAUCAGAGACUGUUGUGCCCACAUCUUUGCAGAGACCUGCUCCAUCAACAUCCCGGAUCAAGCACUCGACGGGCGGAUCGUGUUCUGAGCUGAAGGAGCGCAAGACUCGAGCGGGAUGAGGGGAGGCGGACUCUGUGUUUAUAUCAAGGGUGAUUGGCGCAGUCAAAGUGGAUGGACACGGUUUCCAGAUGUCGAACAUUUUAUGUCAAGAUAAUAACCACAUUAUUAUCUUCACUAUCUUGUUGAUGCUGUCUUGCAUUCCCCUAGACGCAAAUUCAAAAAAUGCACUGUAUCAUUUCCUGGGUGUAUACGUGUAUGUAUAUAUGUAAAUAGGGCUGCACGAUUUGGUAAAAAAAAAAAAUAUUGUGAUUAUUUGGACAGAUUACGAUUGCAAACUGAUUCACGAUUAGUGGGAACGACAUUUUUGCAUCACAAUUUUCAUUUUCACUGAAAAAAUGAUUAAAAUCAUGAUGAUGUGACAUUUGUUGGAGUCUGUACCAAACAAGCAUGUUUUCUUACAUCUGGAGAACAAGGGUUAUAAGCCGGGUCAUCUCUGCAGCGCUACAGUACUUCAUGAUAAUAUAUUAUUAUAAUGCUGUCACACAUUUUACCUUCAUCAAAAAUUGCAGCUUCUGCGAUUUGGAUAUUGCACUUGGCCAUAUUGCGAUUUUGAUAAUGUUUUGAUUAAUUGUGCAGCCCUAUAUGUAAAUAACUGUAGGAUAUAUAUAUAUUUUAUGUGUGUAGCAUGAAGGGACUCCUAACUUAAUUUCGUUGUACAACCUUGUGUUGUAUAUUGAUAAAUACAUUUCCUACAUCAGGGGAACUUUCACUUGUCAGCAUUCAGUGGCUCCUGACUACAACGUCUGCAGCAUGUAAACUCAAAUGCAAGGCUACAGGUACAACUGAUAACUGUAAAACAGAUAACUAUAAUCACGUUUUUUUUGCUUUUGUCAUGUAUACACAGAUUUAAUUGACCUUGCCGCCUGUCUUUAUGCUGAAUUCCUGCUUGUUGCUUUGUAAAGCAGUCACUUAUACAGCAGCUAGAGUAGAACAUACUGUUUUGAAGCGGAAGAUAUACAGCAUGUUGUGGUUUUGACAGGUACGUAGUAACCGAUGUGGUUGUCUGAGCAGCAUAUAUGAACCACACAGACUCCAUACAGUCCCACAGUGUAUAGUAUACUGAAAAAGUCUCACACAUACACUUGUGAGCUCACUGGCUAACCUGCUGUGUUGGAUUAGUGACAUACAUCGCGUUUACGGGACAGUCGCACUUCAAACCGUCUCAAGUUCUCAUUUAUUCCACAUGCCAUUCAUUUUCCACCCCGUGACCUUGGUGGGUUUCUGCCCUUCACAUUUAUUUAACAUGCCGUAAUGUGUUCAUUUAACCCCUCUUGUGUGUUUCUUGUUGCAAAGUUUCCCAUUUGGGACUAAUAAAAGUGUAAAUCAAAGUAGAAAUACAGUAGGUGUGGUUAUCACCGGGUCAUUAGGUGUUCAUUUGAAAAGAGGGCUUGACGUUGUCGCAUAGGAAACAAUGUCACCAUAGAUCCCAUACAUAGGCCAUUCCUCCAAGCAUGACAUCACAGGAUUGAUGGAGGCACUCUAAGUAACCAGCGAUGCCCUACACCUCUUUUUCUUCUUCUGUUCCUCCACCUCCUCUAUUUCCAGCCUGCCUGCCGCUGCUGAUCUACAAGUAGCAGUGUGACUUGUCUGGAUGUGUCUCCAGUCACAUCUGACUCAUUGAACAACCCUUUCUCACCAUUGGAAGGGUCCAGGCCUGGUUACCCAGUGACCCAGCAACUCCACACACCUCCACACCCAGACCAAGAGGGUCUGUUUGGGCAUGCCGACCUGAACCUCAGAGGUCGUAGGGGUUGGAGGGCUGUUUUAUGUGGCUGUCUGGGAAGUGAGAGGAAUAAUAGACUGCUAUAAUUGGUGCCCCCUGAUUUCCUGGCAGCACUGCAGGCACCCAAGAGGAUAGCAUGUGUCUGAGCUUGUGUAUAUGUGUGUGUGUGUGUGUGUGUGUGUGUGUGUGUGUGUGUGCUGGCUGACGCAGAUGGCUGUGGAGCGGGGAUGUGAUAAACACACUGGGCAGGGGGAUCUCCGUCCAGGAGUGGGCUUCAUGCUUUAGUGGUGAAGUCAUUGGGAAAAAGCCUGGUUGAACUGGAGGAGGAACAGACACACACACACACACACACACACAGGCAAACACUCACACACACAGAUAUUACCUUACGACAUUUGCAUGUGAAUCCAAAAUGUCCUUACAAUAAAGUGAAACACACUAUAAUCCCAUUAUUUCAUUAUUCCAACACUUAAUAAAAUCAAAUUGGAGCAGUAGUAAUUUAUCAAGCCAUGAGCUGAUAAAAAGAAAUGAGUCAGAUCGUCAGUGUUUUGCACAGAGAUGGUGUAGAGGCUAGGUCAGCGCGCUGCCUAGCCGCAGUGUGCGUGUGCGUCUUGCGGUGUCUGUGCUGUUAUGUUAGGUGUGAACUGUGGCCCUGUGGAGCAUUGGGUAACACUAGCGAUUGCCUAAGCCAGUUGUUGUGAUGAUGUUGUAAGCAGUUGGACCUGGCCGGGGUUUGGCUGUCAUGUGAGCCCUUGUUCUCUAUCAUCCCCUGCCUGGGACGUCAGGGCACGUGUGUGUGCCUGCAUGUGUAAUCUUGUGUGUGUGUGUGCACUUUUGAGAUUUCAUUAUAGCUAGGGUAGGUAACGCUGGAGAAACGUUAGCAAGAGACAGUUAGAUUUUGAAAGUAUCCAACCGAAAAAAAAUCCCACCUCCUCCCUUCAGGCCUCCUUCCAAAGCCACUCCCCCAAAACACAUUUUCAUGCGCAAUGAGUGCACGGGCAGAGUGCGCGCAGGUAGGCAGGUAGACAGGCAAGUAGGCCAGCCAAUCAGAUGGGCUUAUUACAGCCACAGAUACUGGAUUUUAUUUUUAUUUUUUUUUCAGAGCAUUAGAUUUAUUUAUUGCUGUCGGGAUGUAAAGAGAAUUUCAACAAACAUAACAAAAAAUGCUUCUGAAAUACAUGACCUACCCUAGCUUUAACAUAAAGAACAAGAAAUUGUGAUUUUGUGAAAUUUUAUGUGUGUGUGUGUGUGUGUGUUGGAGUGCCAUCGGAGGUGACAGCCUUCAGAAGGGCAGACAGGUCAAAGGUCGCCUCUGACUCAUGGCCUGUGGAAUUUAGUUUUCACAAAACGAACACAGGACGCCUAAACACGCUGUGAACAGCAGCAGGAAAUGAUAGUUCAUUAAAAAAUGAGAGGCUGGGAUGGCGCUCACAAAUUAACCCUUCACAGUACUAACCAGGCUGCAGGAAGCUGAGAGAUGUGGGGUUUUCCCUCCAUAUCGCCUUGUUUUGAUGAAGCAUAUCUCCCACUCAUUUCUUUCCUGAUUAUUGAUCAAGUUAUUAGCCUCUGUCCUGGCAGACAGGGCAUGGUUUCUUACACUGGUUGCUGCUAUUUUAUUGCAGAUGAAGGUUAGAUGACAAUAGGAAUACAUUUUUGCACUUAAGGCUGGAAUCAAAAAUGUGCAUUUCCAUCCCUCAUGAGUCCAGAUGUGUAGCUUUUGGUACUUAAUUGAAGUUUUAGAGUUACAAAUUCGGAGCAUUGUACUCCAAAAGAUACAGAUACUGUAUGUGUAAAUAGGCAAGAGUAGGUGACUGUUUCAAAAGAUAAAUAAUGUUUGUCACCUGUAAGUGUGAAGAUUUCCUUUGUAUAGUUCACUGGAAAUAUUUUUUUCAUAUUCUAUUCUGGAUUCUUUAGCAGACAGAGGUGAGGAGCCCUUUUGUGCUGACGAGGAAGGGGAGCUGCAGAGGUCGCAGAGCUCACAAAAUAUCUGCAUUUUCAAUAACCCCUUACCUUUAAUAUUUAGAAUUAUUUUGUCGUUAUUAAUUCAAAUUAUUUUGUUUUUGUAUAAUUAAAUGAACUAUUUAUACUGCAUAUCUUUGUUGUGUGUGUGUGUGUGUGUGUGUGUGUGUGUGUGUGUGUGUGUGUGUGUGUGUGUGUGUGUGUGUGUGAUGAUGACAACUAAUAAGUUCUCCUUACAAACCCAGAAUAGGUGGUCACAUAAUGAAAUUAGUGCCUCGUUGGUUUGAUGCACUAAUCUAAAAUUGACUUUGAUUGUAAAGUCCACUAACAGGCAGCAUUGCUGAAUUUCACUAAACACACUGGUACAAACUGUCAAACAAGUUUUGUGUUGUUCAUAUGUUUAUGUUGCACAGCUGUACAGAAUGACUGAACUGAGCAUGAUUUGGAAAAAUGGAAAUUGAUGGCAUUGCAGGGCAGUGGUGGUGCUGUGGUUUCUCCUGUAUCUCUGGACGAGAGCUCUCUAAGUGGUAUUCCCCUUCUCAAAACACAGUCAUUUUGCAUACUUUAAUGGCACAGGCUUGGUAAAUAUGGCAAAUAUCUGUCUGUUUUUUUUUUUUUGUUUGUUUGUUUGUUUGUUUUGUUUUAGCUCAUCAUAAAUCCAAACGGAUCCAAACAGUUUUCUACCUGCAUCAACAAAAAACUAAGCUCAGCUGUUUGAGCUGUUGAGCUCUUCUUCACACGUCACACACAGUAUACUCAGCCAUGUUAAACAUUUUUUACAUGUUGAUUUCUUUAAAUAUCUUUGCCACAACUUUGCAUUUAAUGUAUAACUGCUUCACUUCUAUUAUUCAUUCAUUCUUCUAUUGUUCACUUCUUUUGUUCUGAUAAAUGAAUAAAUGCAGUUGUCCUUGUUGCAUCUAAUAAAUCUUUGAGAGGUUUA